AAGAAGAGGAGGAGCGCCUGCCUGCCCGCGCGCCGUCUAGCAGGCCCCCCCCCGCUGCUGCUUCAAUUGCCGGACGAAGCGAGCGAGGCCGAGGCAGCAGAAGCAGAGGCAGAGGCAGUGGCCCCAAGGCAGCGGAGCUCGAGAGGAUGGAUGAUGCGCUUGUCGGAUUAGGUCGCUCGACAGUGAGAAGAAGAAGAAGCUCGGAUUUGAAUCAUUUGCCUUGACCGUGUGAAGGAGAAUGUCCGUCUAUUCUCCGCACCAUGAUGAGUCAAUGACCGAGCCGGCCCUGACAUUGCGACGAGGGAGCGCGCCUGGUAUGGGAAGCUGCUGCGUGGGAGCUCGGCGCUGAAGGAAGGAAGCGGCAUGAGGAGAGGAUUGCGAACCCUGUAGUCCCUGUAGUGUGGGCCUGGCAGGAGAGCAGCAGCAGCGGAGUGGUGCGCGCGGCAGUGAGCGAGCUUCACUUGCGCAGGCUCUCUCUCUCGCUGUGGGCGAAAUCUCUUCGGACCGUCUCGACAGACAGACAUGGCAGAGAGGAAUAGCUGGAAUUGGAACUCGUCCGUCGAGGCCCGGAAGGCAUCGGACGUAUUUCACGGAGACACAUACGACGAGAUGGCGGGACAAGGCCAGCAACAUCAACAUCAACACCAGCAGCAGCAGCAGCAGCAGCAGCAGCCUUCCACUGGCGCCUAUCGGACGCAACCGAGUCGACGAGUGUCUCUGAAAGGAAACGCAGGGCUGACGAGCAAGAUUUUGACUCUCAAAGAGAGGCUGGCCAAUGCACGCAUGGAGUGUCUGGAGCUCAGGCAGGAAGCGAGUGACUUGCAGGAAUACUCGACUGUCAAAAUUACGCGAGCCACUCGGUACUUGGGCGUGCUGUCGGACAAAGCUCGGAAACUGGACCAAGUUGCGCUGGACUGGGAAGCUCGCGUCACUCCGAUUCGGGACGAGCGCAAGAAGCUGCUGAACGAGCUUCUGAACCAACGAGGAAAUGUGCAGGUCCAUUGUCGAGUGCGGCCGCAGUUCGAAGACGAAGGCCCUGUCAUCACUUCGUAUCCCAGCGAUAGCACGAUCCGGCUCACUCCUCCGGCGACUCCCGGCUCCACCCUCCCGGGCAAGAUGGAAUUCGAAUUUGACCGCGUUUAUGGUCCGCACAUUGGGCAAGUGGACAUCUUCGAGGAUGUGCAGCCCAUGAUUCAGUCUGCUCUGGAUGGGUUCAAUGUGUCGAUUUUUGCCUUCGGUCAAUCGGGCACGGGCAAGACUUACACUCUCGAGGGGACGAGCCGGGAUCCAGGCCUUUUCUACAGGGCAGUGGAAGAGUUGUUUCAGCUGUCGAAUGUCGAUGCUUCUCCUGCGUCGAGAACCGUGUUCCAUGUCACCAUGUUUGAGCUGCAGGAUGAGCAGUUCAAGGAUCUUCUCCAGCACUCGGUGGAUCCCAGCAAGGCGUUCCAGGCCGAGAUGGGCGAGGUAGGUCGAACUCUGAAGCUCGUCGGCGAGAGGAUUGACAGUGCCCGAGACUUCUCGCGUGUCUUCAACACGGGCACGAGGAAUCGUGCUGUUGAGAAUUUCAGCUUCGACCAGAGCACGACCUCGUACUUGAUUCUAACGAUUCACAUCCACCACACGAAUAUUCUGUUGAGGGAGAAGUACCAAAGCAAGAUAUCUUUCGUGGAUAUGCCCGCCAGCGACCAGCAUCUCAGGGUGGAAGCGUCGAUCACCGUUCUCGGGGAUGUGCUUGCAGCCAUUACUACUAAGGAGGAUUAUGUGCCCUACAGAAAUUCUCUGCUGACCAGUGUCCUGGCCGACUCUCUCGGCGGGGAUAACAAAACUCUCGUGAUCGUCAAUGUCAGCCCCUGUUCGCUGGAUCUAGCCGAGACGCUAUCCAGCAUCAACUUCGGAACUCGAGCCCGAAGCAAGUCGGCGGCUUCAAGCGCUCAAGAGGAUGCGCAGCUGGAGCUUGCCGAGAAGCAGAAAGAGAUUGCAAAGCUGGAGCAAGAAAAUCAGAGGCUGGAGAAAGCAUUGAAAGAGUCGGACGAGCAAUGCGCCACUCUGUUGAGUGCACUGCAGAAGGCCAACUCACAGGAGAAGUCCAAGGAGGUGGACGACGGAAUCACCAGGUCUUCACAGGCUUGGGAGCUUCAACAGGCCAAACAAGCCAUCUCGGAGGCUGUUCUGACCAAUAAGAGACUGGAAGAAGAGCUCGCGAAAAGGGACGAGCUGAUUGAGAGGCUUCACGAAGAGAAUGAGAAACUGUUCGAGCGGCUCACCAAACCAAUGGAGAGCGCCCGCAAUGCCGCAUUGGCUGAGCAGCAGCAGCAGCAGCAGCAGCGAAUCAAGGAUUCAGAAGACAGUGCCCAUCGUUCUCCCGGUGGCCACGGGUCUGCCAUGGACAGGGAAGUAUCUACUCCUCCCCGUCAGGAUCCUUCUGCUGGGACCAUGGUCACCACUCCACCAUCUGCCCUCUUGAGUGUGAAGAGCACUCCAGCGGGCGAGUAUCUGAGCGCUGCACUAUUGGAUUUCAAUCCCGACCAGUAUGAUAGCCCUGCUGCUAUCGGUGACGGAGCCAACAAGCUCCUGAUGCUAGUCUUGGCAGCGGUCAUCAAAGCCGGUGCAGCAAGAGAGCAUGAAAUGCUGGCCGAAAUUCGUGAUGCUGUGUUCACUUUUAUAAGAAGAAUGGAGUCCCGGGCCGUCAUGGACACCAUGCUCGUGUCUCGUGUGCGAAUUCUCUACAUAAGAUCACUGUGCUCUCGUUCUAGUGAGCUGCAGGCGAUUCAGCUCCCACCUGUGGAAAAGUUUCUCGAGAGAGCUGGUUCAGGAACACCAAGCCGGAGAAGUAGCAGCAGAGAGAGCAGCCCAGGAAGGGCUCCCCUUCUCUCUCCCAAACUUUUUCAUCACUCGAAAUCCAACGUCGAUGAUCACUUGGCGAGGUUUAAGGUUAACUUAGGGCAGGAGAAAAAAUCGAAAAUUUCUUCGUUCUUCGGCAAGCUUAGGGGUGGUGACCAGCAACAUGCGCAACAAAAUUUGACCGGAGGUAAGCUCCGAGAAACGAGUGACGAUGCCCGAUAUUAUGCUAUUGGGAAUAAAGCUCUAGCUGCUCUGUUUGUGCACACUCCUGCUGGUGAGCUCCAGCGUCAGAUCCGGGCUUGGUUGUCCCAGAACUUCGAUCCUCUUGCUACUCCCAAUGGCGAAUCAGUAGAGGCCCAACUGGAGUCUCUUUCAACUGCCAUUAUGGACGGGUGGAUGUCUGGUCUCGGUGUGCCUCAACGUCCCAGCACGGAUGCUUUGGGACAGCUGCUUUCAGAUUACACGAAGCUUGUCUACAGUUCAGAAUUGCAGCACUUGAAAGAUGUGGCCGCAACUCUAGCAACUGAAGAAGCAGAAGAAAUAGCGCAGGUCGCACAAUUGAGGUCCGGGCUCGAAUCAGUAGAGCACAAGCGCCGGAAAGUUAUGCAGCAGAUGCGUUCCGAUGUAGCUUUGCUGACCAAAGAGGAAGGUGGUUCACCGUUCCGAACGCCCUCGUCUGCAAACGAAGAUGCACGUAUAGCGUCACUCAUUUCUCUCGAGGAUAUUUUGAAGCAAGCGGAUGACAUUAUACGAGAAGCUCGGCAGAAAGCUGGAAGUUCAAGUCUGAAGAAGUCUCUGUCCGGUCGUAUGAGCACUCUGUCCGAGCGAAUGCCCACUCUGCUCCCCAUAGAUUAUGCAUGUGCACAAAGGGCCAUAGGAGAAGCCCAGAAAGCUGUCGAAUCUAUACAGGAGGUUGGGAACGACCAUCAGCACAGGUCGCAGUCGUCUAUGUCUGAGUCUUCUGAUGCACCUCCAACCUCUGGCGAUUUGGAAGAUGCAGAUGGCGAUGUCGUGCAGUGGAGUGUUCUCCAGUUUAACAACGGGAGUGCCACUCCGUUGGUUUUGAAGUGCGGUGCCACACCAUCCUUGGAGCUCGUGGUGAAAGCCACUGCGAGGUUGCAAGAUAAGAACGGGAAAGAGGUGGUCUCUGUUGUUCCUUCUCCCUCGGCCUUGAAUGGACUGUCACUAGACGAGAUCAGGCAAAUUUUGUCUCAAGUUCCAGAAGCUUUUAGCAAUCUAGCUUUGGCAAGGUCAGCUGAUGGGACUCGUGCAAGAUAUACACGCCUCUACAAGACCCUGGCUGUGAGGGUUCCUGCGCUCCGAAGCUCUGUGAAUAGUCUCGACUCGGAAUCAGCAAAAGAACUUGCAAACCUUCAGAGCUCCUCCACGAAAUGGCAAGCUCAAAACCACGGGAGGAGAAAGUCGGACGUCGAUGAUUUUGGUGGAGAUGAGCCUCAUUGACAGAGCAGUGUUUGGUUGACAUUUCUCGAUUCGAGUGGAUAAAGCCUGUAACCUUAAAAUUCGUUGACUUCCCUAUAUGGGAGAGUACUGUGGUGUAGUAGAUCCAACAAGGAUUCGGAUAAAUGUACAGACACCAGCAAACUUACCUGCCUCUGGUGACUCAAAUACAGAGAAAAGCAGAACUUUUAGAGCUCUACGUGCAGACCCUGCUUGCCAGCGGAUGAAGCAUCAAGCCUAGGUUUCAGGGAACAACAGUAUGGUUGUCCUGAGAGAGUCCGUUGCUCCAUCUGUGGAAAGGAGGUCCUUCGGUAAGUCUCAGUGAGUGGCUUGGAAUGGAGAAUCAUAGAUCGAAAGUAUCAGAUUUAUUAGCCAAAUGGCUAGCAUUUUUCCAAGAGGCAGUUGUGCACAAACUGGGCUAAAUCUCGUCGUCUGUCACAAGAGGCAACAGCCAGUCUUGCUAGUAUCGCAGCUGGAUUUUCGACACAUCUUAUGCUGUAAGUCACACCACGUUCCUGGUGACCGAGUGAAGAUGUGUUUCUCUUUUACAGAAGAUUUUUGUACUUUUAAUACUGUAGUAUGUGUUUUGAACGAUCUCCUUGGGAGGGGAUAGUCACGUAACCACCAUCUGGAAAUAUACUUUGUGGUUGUCAAGCGGCCAGCCUAGUGUGACCUUAGCUGAUAGAUUGAACUCUUCUUCUUUCUUUCUCUCUCUCGCGGAGAUGUGUAACCAUUUGUGCACGGUAUCUCGCAUGGAGAAGGCUAUUAGUAUAGGUUAGUGGAGAUCGAUAACAUUGAUAUUACUGUCAACGUAUGUGCAGGCCACCCCUCCCAGUUGCCGUUGAUCAUGUUGGAGAGUGUACUUGACUUUUACUUCUACAGGGUAGAUAACUUCUCGUCGUGACGAGCUAGGAACCGAUUAGAAUCUACUAGUGUACCAUUUGAACAGCAUCUGUAUUGGGCCCUUUCAGAUCUAGGUUUCGAUUUAUAAAACGGUUGUGCGGGUAUGCGCAGGCCCGCUUUCCUUGGCAGGUUCUGAUCAUCCUUUUGUAACGUUUUGUAACAGUUGUUCCCACGCACUUUUCAUGUGUCUCUGAUGGUGUAAAUGCAUCCUUCCACCUUGAGGUGCUGUGCUUUCAGAUCUACGUUUCUAUAGUCCCUUGUGGACAUCCCAUCGUCUGUAACCAUUUUGGGUGGCACACGAAUACAGAACUGAAAAGCUUUGCUGAAACUG